GACAACGCGACACUACCGUCUCGCGCAAAUCCCCCCGUAUCGCUACUAGUCUUCUUGAACUACGCUUUUUUCUAAGCCUCUGACCCGGCUUAUCCGUUGAUCGACCUAUCGAUAAGGCCUCUGAAGACCAGUUGACGACUCGCAGCCUGCCUCCCUGACCUCACAACCCCGUGCUACCCUCGUACCCUCGUAUCGGGCCUCGAUAGAUCGCGCCGUCGCCUUUCCUUGUAUCCGACAUCACGCCUGCAUCACAUCGCCACGGCCGUCAUGGCACCUUCACGGUCCCGCGCCUCACUACUCUCCCUUCUCGCUGCUACAACGCUCCUCCCCCAGACGGCGUGGGCCUUCGACUGCAAGGACAUCCUCGCUGAUGGUGCACACUUCAACUUCAAAGAGCUAGGUGGCCCCCAUACGGUACACUGGGAAGAGUCAGACCUGGAAAAGGAGCUCAAGUUCAAGUACAACUUCACCCUUGAUAUCUGUAAUGCCCUCAAAUGGCACAAGGGCGGCUCGCUCGAUACCGAAUGCCACCACGGUGCAAGGGUAUGCGCUAUUAGAGAAAUGGUUGAUCUCAGCAAGGAGAACAGUACAUCCAUUACCCCCAUCGACAUCGCAGGGACCUACCCGAUGCAGAACGGCCGAACAAUCGACGCCAAGUUUGAGAAUCUUGGCCAUUCAAAGAGCAACUCUGAUGCGCGCGAGGGUGUCCGAGCGACUCUAAACGGCGGUCGAUUUCCAUUCGAUGACAAGAAGGAAGGCAUCGAUCAGCGGGCCAUUAUCGAGUUUGUGUGUGACAAGGAUAGGUCCGGAUCCGAAGGCAAUGAGGUGGACAACAGCCCACGUGAGGAUGGCGACAAAGACGACAAGGACGGUGAUAAGAAGGAUGGUGAUAAGAAGAAUGACGAUAAAAAGGACGACAACAAGGAUGACAAGAAAGAAGGCAAACUCAAGGCAAGGGAGGAAAACAACAAGGGCAAAUGCGAAGACAGCGACGCCAGUCUUCGCUUCUGUGGGUAUGCGGUGGAGCCUGACACCAAGGACAAGAAGGUCCGCACACUGCGCUUGGAAUGGCGGACCAAAUACGCCUGCGCAGAUGCGCCUGAGCCCGAUAACGGUUCUCACUGGGGCUUCUUUGGUUGGUUCUUCAUCAUUCUCUUCCUCGCAAUCGCCUCAUACCUCAUUUUUGGCUCCUGGCUCAACUACAACCGCUACGGUGCUCGUGGCUGGGACGCGCUACCUCAUGGUGAUGCGAUCCGCGAUAUUCCUUAUGUUGCGAAAGAUUUCGCAAGAAAGGUGCUGGAUACUGUGCAGGGUAGUGGUAACAGGGGUGGUUACGCUGCUGUGUAA